AAUCUCUCUUCUCUCUCUCUCUCUCUCUCUCAAAAGAAAAAGAAAAGGAAAAAAAAUCAGAGAGAAAAUCUUUGCUUCAAAAAAAAAAAAAAAAAGAAAUAGAGAGAGGUGGUUUUGUUUUUCAUUUUGUUUUUUCUGUUUGGUAUCAAUUUACAGCUCACUCUCUUCAUUCUGCUUCACAGAUCGAAUCUAAGGAAACUCUUUUCAUUCUUCUUGGCUGCCAUAUGGUAUAGUCAAUCAGAUAAAUAUAUGUUACAAGGGAAGCAUUUUGGACUUUGGCCUGUCAGAUGAUUUGUAGUGGCUGUAUUAUGCUUGACCAUUGCCAUAAUGGCCGUCUAUCUGAGGAGAUGUCAAGGGCCUUGGCUUUUUCACAUUCUACUGUUCUAUAUCCUUCUAAACAAAAGUAGAGCUAUCAAUUCUGAUGGUGAGGCACUUCUAAACUUCAGAAAUGCUAUCGUUAGUUCAGAUGGUAUCCUUCCUCUAUGGAGACCUGAGGAUCCUGAUCCAUGUAAUUGGAGAGGUGUGACCUGUGAUCAGAAAACCAAGAGAGUUAUAUACCUGAGUCUGAAGAAUCACAAAUUAAGUGGACCUAUGUCUCCUGACAUUGGGAAGCUAGAGCACCUGAAGAUUUUAGCUCUAUACAACAACAACUUUUAUGGAACAAUUCCUUCAGAAUUGGGAAAUUGCACGGAGUUGCAGGGAAUAUACUUGCAGGGUAACUACUUAAGUGGCCUAAUUCCAGGGGAACUAGGAAACUUGUCAGAGCUUCAAUAUUUGGAUAUCUCAAGCAACUCUCUUAGUGGGUCAAUCCCAUCAUCUAUUGGGAAGUUAAACAAACUCAUUACUUUCAAUGUAUCAAACAAUUUUCUUGUUGGACCAAUUCCAUCUGAUGGUGUGCUCAGCAACUUUACAGGAAGCUCUUUUGCUGGGAAUCGUGGUUUGUGCGGGACGCAGAUCAAUAUGAAUUGCAAAGAUGAAAGUGGACCUUCAACUCCACAAUCUCCUCCAUCAGCUCAAGAUCAAGGUGGAAAGAAGAAAUACUCAGGAGUGUUUAUUAGUGCUUCUGCAACAAUUGGUGCCCUCCUUCUGGUGGCACUUAUGUGUUUCUGGGGUUGCUUUCUUUAUAAGAAGUUCGGUAAAAGUGAAAGUGAUGGCAUUGCGAUGGAUGUCAGUGGAGGUGCUUCGAUUGUAAUGUUUCAUGGGGACUUGCCAUACUCAUCAAAGGACAUAAUUAGGAAAUUAGAAAACUUAAAUGAGGAGCAUAUCAUAGGCUGUGGGGGCUUUGGAACAGUGUACAAGCUUGCUAUGGAUGAUGGCAAUGAAUUUGCCUUGAAAAGAAUUUUAAAGAUGAAUGAGGGCUUUGAUCGAUUCUUUGAGAGGGAGCUUGAGAUUCUGGGAAGCAUAAAACAUCGGUACUUGGUGAACUUGCGAGGUUAUUGCAAUUCUCCUACCUCAAAAUUGUUAAUAUAUGAUUUCCUCGCUGGUGGUAGUCUUGAUGAAGCGCUGCAUGAAAGAUCUGAUCAACUGGACUGGGAUGCACGUCUGAACAUCAUUAUGGGAGCAGCAAAAGGACUGGCCUACCUGCAUCAUGAUUGUUCCCCUAGGAUCAUACACCGUGAUAUAAAGUCAAGCAAUAUUUUGCUUGAUGCCAAUUUAGAGGCUCGUGUAUCUGACUUUGGACUUGCCAAAUUGUUAGAGGAUGAAGAGUCACACAUUACAACCAUUGUUGCAGGAACAUUUGGUUAUCUAGCUCCUGAGUACAUGCAAAGUGGUAGAGCAACUGAAAAGACAGAUGUUUAUAGUUUUGGGGUCUUGGUUCUUGAAGUAUUAAGUGGAAAGCGACCCACAGAUGCAUCAUUCAUUGAGAAGGGCCUUAACAUUGUUGGUUGGUUAAAUUUUUUGGUCACGGAGAACAGGCAACGAGAUAUUGUUGAUCCCAAUUGUGAGGGUGUGCAGAUAGAAAGCCUUGAUGCGCUGCUUUCAAUUGCCACUCAAUGUGUCUCUUCAAGCCCAGAGGAACGACCCACCAUGCACAGGGUGGUUCAGUUACUUGAGUCUGAAGUCAUGACACCAUGCCCAAGUGACUUCUAUGAUUCAUCUGGUGAUAAUGACACAUGUUGAGUUUUAUUAAAGGAAUGUGCAAAAGCAAGUGGAGGGAGCUUAGAAUCUGCGGCAGUUUUGUAUCUUGAUUUUAUUCGUUCAUUCUUUCUGCAGAUUUAUGACAACUUAAAAAAGGCAACACCACUUCAUUUGUCUGUUAGACCUUUAGCAACUGAUUAAUCAGCCAGUGGAAUUUUCCUCUGUUAGGAUCUGCACGUUUUGCAAUGGAUGUAUGGGGAGUGUUCAAAUGGAUCGUUAUUUCCUCUUCGGACGGGUAGUUUGAUCUCCAUACUUUUGUCUUUUCAUCCCUUUCUUAUUCUUUUUCCUUUGCUUGUUUUUGGUUGUAAUCACUUUUAGCAUUUGUCUCUCAAAUUAAGUGUAUAUGCAAUUUGUGUAAAUUGAGAAUUAUCUCGUCUUUGCCAAGGACUUUUUUUCUAUGAUUCACCUUUUUUGUAAAAUAUGUUAAUUGCAAUAAUUAGUGUCUUUGCUUCA